AUCAGCAUCGGGCAGCCUAGGGGUGGACUUAUUACUUUGUGUAGGUUGUGCCGCGGUGUGCUGUGUUCUUCUGUUUCGGCCGUGUUGGUGGAGGUAGCUCGGGGGUCGGCGUAGGAGCAAGGUAGCAGCCACCAAAUUAUAAGUUGUAUUAAAAGAAGAUGGAGACAGAGCAGGAAGAGGUUGAAUUCACUAACACAGAAACUAACGGUAAACGCCCAGCAGAAGACAUGGAGGAGGAACAGGCAUUUAAGAGAUCUAGAAACACAGAUAUGAUGGUUGAGCUGCGUAUUCUGCUUCAGAGCAAGAAUGCUGGAGCAGUAAUCGGCAAAGGAGGAAAAAAUAUUAAGGCGCUUAGGACAGACUACAAUGCCAGUGUUUCAGUCCCAGACAGCAGUGGCCCCGAGCGUAUAUUAAGCAUCAGCGCAGAUAUUGAAACAAUUGGAGAAAUCCUAAAGAAGAUAAUUCCCACACUGGAAGAGUACCAACACUUCAAAGGAAAUGAUUUUGAUUGCGAGUUGAGGUUAUUGAUUCAUCAAAGUUUGGCUGGUGGAAUUAUUGGUGUCAAAGGAGCAAAGAUUAAAGAACUUAGAGAGAAAACUCAGACUACAAUAAAGCUAUUUCAGGAGUGCUGCCCUCAUUCUACUGAUCGUGUUGUGCUGAUUGGGGGAAAACCUGACAGGGUGGUUGAAUGCAUUAAAGUUAUACUUGAUCUCAUCUCUGAGUCCCCUGUAAAGGGCAGGUCUCAACCCUAUGACCCUAACUUCUAUGACGAAACUUAUGAUUAUGGAGGAUUUACAAUGAUGUUUGAUGACCGAAGAGGACGCCCCAUGGGUUUUCCUAUGCAUGCUAGAGGUGGAUUUGAUCGAAUGCCUCCAGGACCCGGUGGUCGCCCCUUGCCACAGUCAAGGCGAGAUUACGAUGACAUGAGUCCAAGGCGGGGGCCACUUCCUCCACCCCCUGGUCGUGGGGGUAGAGGUGGAAGUAGAGCUCGUAAUCUUCCUCUCCCUCCACCUCCACCACCUAGAGGAGGAGACCGAAGAGGAAGACCAGACCAUUAUGAUGGAAUGGGUGGAGCUGGAUAUGGUCGAGGUUCUUUUGGGGAUAUCGGCGGGCCUGUUAUAACAACACAAGUAACCAUUCCAAAAGAUUUAGCUGGGUCGAUAAUUGGGAAAGGUGGUCAAAGAAUCAAACAGAUCCGCCACGAAUCUGGUGCAUCCAUCAAAAUUGAUGAGCCAUUGGAAGGAUCAGAUGACAGAAUAAUAACCAUCACUGGCACUCAAGAUCAGAUUCAGAAUGCACAAUUUUUGCUUCAGAACAGUGUGAAGCAGUUUUCUGAAGAUUAUGCUUAUGGGUUUUGACUUCUAAACAUUGCGAAGCACAUGCUCAAGGGUUCUAAUGCAUAAGUGGAUUCCAAAAUAUUUUGUUUAGAACAGCUUCAAUGAAAUCCUGGAGUGCUUUUCUUCCUCUUUGGUUGCUAAUGGAGUACAAAUCAAGAUCUGGAUCUCUGGAUGCUUUUGUUAAUAGUUACCAGCAUCGAUAAGAAUUCACAAUUACGCGGAAAAUACUCAAGCUCCAAGAGAAUUGUACAGAAAUAGUAGAGCUGAGUUAAUAUAUCUGCAUUUAUCAAGGUCUUUCUGACUUGUGUUGAGCUAAAGUCAAUUUCUCAUAGUAAAUGAGACUGCUUAAUCUUCCCCCAUGCAAACCUUAAGUGAGAACAGAUUUUCAGUAGCAAAUUAAAAUUUCAGCUUUAUUGUUUAGCCCUUUUUUGUUUGGUUUUAUUUCUGCACCCCAUGUUGAUUUUUAUAAGUUUUCCCAAAUGUCCUAAUUGAAAGUUGUUUUUUCAUUCUUUGAUUUUGAAAUGUCUGUUUAAAAGUUGGAUUUGAGUUUAUUGUAACACUGUACAGAUUGUACACUUGACCUUGACUGUUUUUAUCACUUUUACAUUGCUAUGUUGUAAUUGAAAUUAGUGAAAUUAGUUGCCUGUGUAGUAUAUUAAUUGACCAGCUGUGCUUGAGUUUUUAUUAAUAUAAUGACUUUUUUUUUUAUUGUUAUAUAGUAAACAGUGGAGCAGUUUUUUUUCCAGAGUUUAAAACAAGUCAGAACUGGUCAUUGUCUCACAUUCUGUCCAUGUUGGAAAUGUCAAUGUUAGUAAAAUAAGAAGUAGACAUUGAUUUUUAGAGUUAGGAUUUUUUUUUUUAAUUUCCUUUUAAACUGCCUGGUGGAUAAGCAUUCAGACAAAACUAAACUUCACAAUAAUGGCUUGCAAAUAAACAUUUUGCAUAUUCACUAAA